AUGUCAAUUUUUUUGAUCAAACAUUGUAGAGAAUUAUUCAAUAGAAUAGAUUUACAAUCUGAAAAAGAUUAUUUAUGUGAUUCAUAUCCCAUAAUUAACAAUGAUCACAAUCAAAAUCAAUACAUCCAUCAUCAUCAUCAUUAUCAACCUCAUCCUCAUCCUACCCAAUGUAUAUCUCAAUUGAAUUCUUAUAAUGAACAAAAUAAUAAAAUAAUCACUGAUCAUUCAAAAAUGAAUCAAUUAAUGAUUAUUGAUGAAUUAGAUAUGAACAAACAAACAAACAAUAAUAAAUAUCCAUUUAAUAUUUCAUCUAGUGAAUACUGUUAUCAUCAACAAUCUUCAAUGAAUCCUUAUAUACAAGAAAAUGUUAAUAAUUAUCUCCAUUUUCAUGAAUUCACUUCAUCUUAUUUAAACAAUAUUAAUAAUACUAUUACUAAUAAUGAGAAUAAUAUCAAUGAAAUGAUAAAUGUCAUGAAUAAACAACAAUCUAAUUUAAAUUAUCCACCUAUUUAUUCAAUGUCUAAUACUUAUGAUAAAUCACCUAUAAUACAAGAUAUUCAAUCAUUAAAUCAAUAUGAGAAAAAUAUUUUAAAUCUUACAACACAAUCAAUAAUGAACAAUAUUAGAUAUUCUUGUUCUUCUUCUUGUCCUGCUUCUUGUCCCGCUUCUUCUUCUUGUUUAUAUACUUCAAAUCCAGGUAAAUUAAUAACCACCACCACCACCACCACCACCACCACCACCACAACAACAACAACACCACCACCAACACCACCACCACCAACAUCUUCAAGAUUAAACUUUAAUACUAUUGGAAAUAAUGUAAAUAUUAUUGAUUUAAAUAAACAAAUCAAUCCUUGGAUAAAUUAUUCCAUGUACAAUAAUAAUAAUAAUAAUAAUAAUCAAUUAAUGCCUACUAUGAUCACAUCCUAUUCAACACAGAAUAAUAUUAUGAAUACAAAUCCUAAUAAUAAUAAUAAUAAUAAUAAUAAUAAUAAUAAUAAUCAUAUAACAGUAUGGUCUCCAAAUGAUGAUCAUAAUGAUAGUUCAUAUGAAGAAAGUUUAAGUGAUGAUAAUGAACAAAAUGAAAAUAUACAUAAAAAUAAUAUUUUUCAUUUUAAUUUCAAUAAUCAAUAUCAAUUAAAUCAAUUUCAUCAUUAUCAUCAUCAUACUAUUGAUAAUCAAUCAAUUAAAUUAUCAAUUCCAUUAAAAAAAUCAUCUACAUUUCUUUCUAAUCAUUUAAAAUCAAUAAAUUCAAUAAAAUCAAUAAAUUCAAAUGAAAUGAAUCUAUUGAAUGAUGAUCAAAUUAAAAAUUCAAUAAUGAAUCCAUCACAAUUACCAAUUCAUUUACAUCAUUCAUUUAUUAAUAAACAAUAUUUAAAUUAUAAUCAUAACAAUACUACUACUACUAAUACUACUACUAAUAAUAAUAAUACGGAUAAUGAUAAUAUAUUACCUAAUCAAUUGCCUAACAACAAUAAUAGUAAUAAUAAUUCCAUAUCUAUAACGGAUCAAACAUUAAAUCAUUGGUUACAUCAUAAUCCCUUAACAACUAUUAAUCAAUUCAAUGAUUAUGUAGAUAAUUAUUGUAUACCUGUAUUAUCAUGUCCAAGAAGUAUAUAAGAUAAUGAAUUAGUAACUAUUGUAUACAUACAUAUCUCUUAGUUUAAAAAUCAAUAGCCCAUUGAGCAUAGAGUAUCCAUUUAAUUAUUCAUUGAAAACAUCAAAAAUUCUUUUAUUUUAUUUAGAUCAUAAAUGUACAAAAAAAAUGUAAUUUGUUUUAUUAGUUUAC